UGCCGAUUGCGGUUAAGCGAGAGCCUCGAACCAAAAGUCAUAAAUAAAAGUAAAAUAGAAAAUACCAACAAAGAAGUUAAACAGUUGAAAGCCGAAUAGGCGGUGAGCAGUCAAGUGUGGUGAGUAUUUUUUAAGAGGGUAACAAAAGGUAGUUUACUCACAAAGAAAAGGAAAGACCUCGUAUUGAGCAGUAAAAAGUGAGAAUAAACAACCAACCAAUCAACAACAACAAAAGCAUAAUCAGGUACCUAGCUACUAAUUAAACGCAGCUGAGUUGUUGCUCAGCAAAAUGUAUGGCAAUCGCAGCAUUGCGGCCAACGCCAACGUCAACUGCGCUGUCAACGCCAAUAAAGCCGGUCCAACUUUACGUUGUGGUGGAGUUGAACCAACAAAUGCCGGCUACAACAAACCCACGGCGAUCGGCUCCGUAACAACAACAAUGACCACCACACCAAUGCCAAUGAGAGUAACGGCAGCACCAACACCACUAGCAAUGAGAGAUGGAGCGACGUCGAUGGGAGCAAAUAAUAUGACAAUGACGAGAAAUGCGGUUGGAGAAAAGUUGGAAAAGCAAAAUACAACAACAACAAAAGUGUCGCCUACGAGUGGAGCGGCUGCGACAGCAACAGCGGCAAAGUCAGUAAAUGCAUACGUUAGCAGAAAUAAAAAUUCAGUAGAAGGUGGACCGCGUGCGCAUACGGAUGUAACGGAUUACGAGUUGUUAAGCAGACAACAAACAAAGCAACAGCAGCAGCAACAAGAACAAAAGCAAACAGUGCGUCAAUUGCAAUUGACAACAAAUCCACAGGAACAACAACGAAACUUAUUAAAUUUGCAAGUAAAUAAUAAUAGUGCGACAAAAACCAAAGCAACGGCCGCAACAGUUGCUCGUAGCAAUAAUAAUUUCGGUCAAACCUCAUCGGCGACGAUUUAUCUAAAUCAGAAAAACAACAACAACAACGUAAACGUGAACGUGAACGCGAGUGGUAACGCAAAUUACGCGCGACAGCCGCAGCAAACGCAAAAUAAUUACGAGUCGAGCGCGAGUGCUAACGCCUACGCUGAACAAGAUCGCUACAACAACAAUUAUAGCACAAACAACACAAAUCAGCAGGCCGACAGUGGAGAAGGAUACUACGGUUCAUCACUGUCUAGUUAUCCGCAACAACAACAACAAGUACUCGGCUACAGCACCAACAAUAACAACGCCGAAUACUAUCAACAGCCAUCCGAUUAUUACCAACACCAAGAACCGUACGACGAGAACUUCGACGAAGACAUGGAAGCCGAACGUGAUCUCGCCGAAGAUGCGCAAUGGAAGAAGAUCCAACAGAACACUUUCACACGGUGGGCCAACGAGCAUCUCAAGACCAUCGACCGCAGCAUCAGCAACUUGGAAACCGAUCUGUCCGAUGGCUUACGCUUGAUUGCGCUGAUUGAGGUGCUAUCGCAGAAACGUUUGCCCAAACACAAUAAGCGACCUACAUUCCGCAGUCAGAAAUUGGAAAAUGUUUCAGUGGCGUUGCAAUUCCUCGAACAGGAGCACAUUAAGAUCGUCAAUAUUGAUUCUUCGGACAUUGUCGAUUGUAAACUCAAGCUGAUUCUCGGUCUAAUAUGGACGCUCAUUUUGCACUACUCCAUCUCUAUGCCCCAGUGGGAUGGCGAAGAUGAAAGUCAAGUUAAUGGCUCUGGACCAACACCCAAGCAAAGGCUGCUCAAUUGGAUCCACACCAGAAUACCUGAUAUGCCCAUCAACAAUUUCACCAAUGACUGGACUACCGGUAAGGCAGUGGGUGCUUUGGUAGAUGCCUGCGCGCCUGGUCUUUGCCCCGAUUGGGAUAUGUGGGAUCCCAAAGAUGCUGUACAGAAUGCCUCCGAAGCAAUGGGUCUCGCCGAUGACUGGUUGAAUGUGCGUCAGCUGAUCAAGCCCGAAGAGUUGGUGAAUCCCAACGUUGAUGAACAGUCGAUGAUGACCUACUUGUCGCAAUAUCCAAAUGCCAAACUGAAACAAGGUGCACCACUGCGCCCCAAGACGAAUCCAAAUAGCAUUCCUCCACCGCGAGUGCGUGCUUAUGGUCCUGGUAUUGAACCAAUUGGUCCUGUUGUGGGUGCACCAGCCAACUUCACUGUCGAGACUUUCUCCGCCGGCAAAGGCGCUGUGGAUGUGGAGGUAAUUUCACCCACAGGUCAAAUCGAAAAGGCGGAUGUUCGCUUCAACAACGACAAGAACUUGACCUACUCCAUAUCGUAUAUCCCCAAAGCUGAGGGCGAUUACAAAGUUGUUGUUAAGUUCUCUGGGCGCGACAUACCGAAGAGUCCGUUCCCCGUUAAGGUCGAAGGUCAUGCCGGUGACGCCUCGAAGGUUAAAGUGACUGGCCCAGGUAUACAACCUGCUGGUAUUACCAUCACUAAACCCACUUUCUUCGAUAUACACACCAAGGAUGCUGGUCGCGGUGUGCCCGAGGUGAUCAUCAUUGAUCCAGCCAACCACAAAACAUCUGUGGCCGCUAAAGUGCGUCAAUUGGAGAACGACGUGUGGCGUUGUGAAUAUGUCGCAUCGACGCAAGGUCUACAUUCGGUGAAUGUAUUCUAUGCCGGCAAUCCCAUACCCAAUAGCCCCUUCCCGGUGAAGGUGGCACCUUUGUCUGACGCGCGUAAGGUGCGCGCUUCAGGUCGCGGCUUGCAGGCGAAUGGCGUGCGUGUGGGCGAUGAUGCCGACUUUAAGAUCUACACAGAGGGCGCAGGCGAAGGCAUACCCGAAGUGCGCGUUAUUGGCCCUGGUGGCACUAAUCAAUUAUUGGCCUUGAUGAAAAUCGAUGGCACUACCUACGAGACUCAUUACUACCCCACUAAGGAGGGUCGUUAUGUGGUCAUGGUCACUUUUGGUGGACAAGAGGUGCCCAAAUCGCCGUUCGAGAUUAAGGUUGGACCCAAGAAGGAGUCUUCAAUUGUUGCUUAUGGUCCAGGUUUGACUGGCGGUAUUAUUGGCUACCCCGCAGCUUUCGUUGUGGAAACGAAUGGCGAGACUGGCGCAUUAGGCUUCACUGUUGCGGGUCCAUCACAAGCCGAGAUCGAGUGUCAUGACAACGGUGAUGGCUCCGCAUUGGUCAAAUAUCAUCCCACUGCUGUGGGUGAAUAUGCAGUGCAUAUUUUGUGCGAUAAUGAAGAUAUACCCAAGUCACCAUUCAUCGCGCAGAUUCUGCCGCGUACGGACUUCCAUCCAGAGCUGGUUAAGACCUUUGGCCCUGGACUGGAGAAGAAUGGCGUAAUAAUUGGCAAGCCGCAAACAUUUACGGUGGACACCAGCAAGGCAGGCUCAGCACCUUUGGAAGUUGUGGUCGAAGAUGUGUACGGUAAGAAGGUACCAGUAGAUAUCAAGAAUAAUGCCGAUGGCACAAAGACUUGCACAUAUACGCCAACUACAGGCGUACCACACACUGUGGAAGUUAAUUACGGCAGCGUGGCCACACCCAACGCGCCCUAUCGUGUCUAUGUGGGCGUGCCAAUCGAUGCCAACAAAGUGCAGGCAUUCGGUCCCUGGCUACAGCCUGGCGUACGCCCCAAUGCACCUACUCAUUUCAAUGUAGAUGCACGCGACGCUGGCGACGCAGAGCUCAAGGUGAAGAUCGUGCACGAGGAGACUAAAGUGGAAGUGCCAUGCCGCAUCAUCGACAAUGACGACAAUACCUACACAGUGGAGGUGAUUCCACCUACCAAGGGUGCCUACACCACCACCAUGACUUAUGGCGGACAACCGGUGCCACUCGGCCAGAAGGUGCUGGUAGAACAAUCUUUGGAUGUAUCCAAAAUCAAGGUCGAUGGGCUCGAACCAACUGCACCAUUGAAUAGCCUCCAGCAAUUUCGCAUCAUUACACGUGGCCUGCCAAAGGCGGAUCUCGCAGUUACCAUUACCAGUCCAUCGGGAAAUCGCGUGCGCGCGCACGUCAUACCUACAGCUGAAGGCUUCCUGGUGAAUUUCACACCCACGCAAUUGGGCGAGUAUUUGUUGAGCAUAUGUUUCGGUGGCACACCGAUUGCGCCACGGCCAUUCCGUUUACAGUGUCUCAGUGGCAGCGACUCGAAUAAAGUGCGCGCCUUCGGGCCUGGACUGGAGCGCGGGCUAGUGGCGCAACCGGCGGAAUUUAUAAUCGAUACACGUGGCGCUGGUCAAGGUGGUUUGGGCGUGACCGUGGAGGGGCCCUGCGAAGCGGCCAUCAACUGUCGGGACAAUGGCGACGGCACGUGCAAUGUGGCUUACCUGCCCACCGAAGCGGGCGACUACACAGUGAACAUCACCUUCAACGAACGUCACAUUAACGGUUCACCAUUCCAGCCGGUCAUAAUGCCACUGCCUAACCUGAAAAAUACGCGCGUUAGUGGCAUAGGCAUACAGCCACAUGGCGUCAUCAUGAAUGCUCCCACGGACUUUAUGGUGGACAUGAGCAAAGUUGGCAGCAACAUCGACUCGACUAAGCUCUCGUGUGCCAUCUUUGAUCCCAUGGGCAAGGCGCUGCCAAGUAAAAUUGUUUCCGGUCCAUCCGACGAUAUCUUCCGCAUCGCCUAUACCCCAUUCGAGGCUGGACGUCACACCAUUGAGCUGCUCUAUGACAACAUUCCCGUGCCGGGUUCGCCGUUUGUGGUGAAUGUGAAGAGCGGCUGCGAUCCCGCGCGCUGUAAAGCAUACGGUCCUGGCCUGGAGAAGGGUCUGACCAAUCAGCAAAACAAAUUCACCGUGGAGACACGCGGCGCCGGCAAUGGUGGCCUAUCGCUGGCCAUUGAGGGGCCAUCCGAAGCAAAAAUGACAUGCACGGACAAUCGCGAUGGCAGCUGUGAUGUCGAGUAUUUGGCUACUGAUCCCGGUGAGUACGACAUCACCAUACGUUUUGCAGACAAGCACAUACCCGGCUCGCCAUUCCGUGUGCUGGUCGAAGAGACAGUUGAUCCCAGCAAGGUGAAAGUGUACGGACCGGGCAUUGAGCAUGGUGAAGUGCGCGAGAGUGUGCCGACCUACUUCAAUGUGGAUGUGGGCGAGGCUGGUCCCGGACGCAUAGCAGUGAAAUUGACAAACUCCGAAGGUGUGCCGGUGGACAAUCUGCGUGUUGAGGACAAGGGCAACGGCAUCUAUGCGGUGCACUAUGUGCCGCCCAAACAGGGCUCAGUGCUGACGUGCCAAGUGAAAUUCGCCGACGAAGAAGUGCCAUGCAGUCCAUUCAUAAUGACCGUCUUCCCCAAAUCGGAGGCAACUAAAGUGAAGGUUAAGGGUGUUAACGAGAAAAAGAAGACACCCGCAUCGCUGCCAGCCGAAUUUGAGAUCGAUACCAAAACGGCUGGUCAAGAUGACAUCAACAUCGCCAUUAAGAAUCCGAAGGGCAAACAAUUGGCACCGCGCAUGGAGGAGGUCGGCAGCGGCACAUACGUGGUUUCGUUCGUGCCCGAUGAGUGUGGCACCUAUCACGUGAGCAUUAAAUAUGGCGAUAAAGACAUAGAGGGCUCGCCAUUCAAACUCGAAGCAUUCCCAACGGGUGAGGCGAAAAAAUGCAAGCUAGUCGAAGAGGCGCCGAAAGUUCAAGCAUCGGGCAGCAAAAGCCAUCUGACUGUGGAUGCGCGCGAUGCGGGCGAUGGCGCGGUUACAUGCAAGAUUACCGACCACAAAUCCGGACGCGAAAUCGUCGAUAUUGAUGUGCUCGAGAAGGAUGGCUUCUUCGACAUUUUCUACGCGCUCAAAGACCCAGGCGAUUACGAUAUUAAUGUGAAAUUCGGCGGCAAGGACAUACCCAAUGGUAGCUUCGCCAUAAAGGCUGUUGAAAGCAUCGAGGAGGAGUUUAGCCAUAGCGAAUAUAUCGAAGAGCAUACGAAGAUUGUAAGCAAGACAACUGAAUCGAUUGCCAGCGAACGAACUUAUAGAGCAGUCGCUUUUGAGAAACUCCCAUUACCAACUACCGGCGGAAACGUUGUAGCUGAGGUCAAAAUGCCAAGCGGAAAAGUUGACAAGCCUGUUAUCCAGGACAAUCGCGAUGGUACGGUGUCAAUCAAAUAUGAGCCUAAGGAGGAGGGCACACACGAGCUGGUCGUAAAAUACAACGGCGAGCCAGUACAAGGUUCACCUUUCAAAUUCCACGUUGAUUCCAUCACAUCCGGUUAUGUGACUGCCUAUGGACCAGGCCUGACUCAUGGUGUUACUGGUGAGCCAUGUAAUUUUACCAUUUCAACCAAGGGCGCCAGCGCUGGUGGUCUCACCAUGGCCGUGGAGGGACCCAGCAAGGCUGAUAUCAAUUACCAUGACAACAAAGAUGGCACAGUGUCGGUGCAAUACCUACCCACUGCCCCUGGUGAAUAUCAAAUCUCGGUACGCUUCGGUGACAAACAUAUAAAGGGUUCGCCAUAUUUCGCCAAAAUCACUGGCGAGGGUCGCAAACGUAAUCAAAUUUCGGUUGGUUCCUGUUCGGAAGUCACCAUGCCCGGUGAAAUUACCGACGAUGAUCUGCGCGCCUUGAAUGCGUCCAUUCAGGCGCCCAGUGGCUUGGAGGAGCCCUGCUUCCUCAAGCGUAUGCCAACUGGCAACAUUGGCAUCUCAUUUACGCCACGUGAAAUUGGCGUUCAUAUGGUGUCGGUCAAACGUAUGGGCACACACAUUGCCAACUCGCCAUUCAAGGUUGACGUUUGUGAGCGUGAAGUGGGUGACGCAAAGAAGGUUAAGGUAUCCGGUAACGGUUUGACGGAAGGCAAAACCCACGCCGACAACGUUUUCUCUGUGGACACACGCAAUGCCGGAUAUGGUGGUCUGUCCGUAUCGAUUGAGGGUCCCAGCAAAGCAGAGAUCCAAUGCACUGACAAAGAUGAUGGCACAUUAAAUAUUUCGUACAAGCCCACAGAGCCAGGCUACUACAUUGUGAAUUUGAAAUUCGCCGAUCAUCACGUUGAGGGCUCACCAUUUACCGUUAAAGUCACUGGUGAGGGCAGCAAUCGCAAGCGUGAAAAGAUUCAACGUGAACGCGACGCUGUACCCGUUACUGAAAUUGGCAGCAAGUGCAAGUUGACCUUCAAAAUGCCUGGCAUCACUUCGUUCGAUCUAAUGGCCUGUGUAACAUCACCCAGCAAUGUGACUGAGGACGCAGAAAUACAAGAAGUCGAAGAUGGACUCUAUUCGGUGCAUUUCGUACCGAAAGAAUUAGGCGUACACACCGUUUCAGUGCGCUACAAGGACAUGCACAUCCCCGGCUCCCCCUUCCAGUUCACAGUGGGCCCAUUGCGCGAUUUUGGUAGCCACUUGGUAAAGGCCGGUGGUUCGGGCUUAGAGCGUGGUAUUGUCGGUGAGGCAGCCGAGUUUAAUGUAUGGACACGCGAGGCGGGCGGUGGUUCACUGGCUAUCUCUGUGGAGGGUCCCAGCAAGGCUGAAAUCGACUUCAAAGACCGAAAGGACGGUUCAUGCGAUGUCUCGUACAAGGUCAGCGAACCUGGCGAAUAUCGUGUGGGUUUGAAAUUUAACGAUCGCCACAUACCCGACUCACCAUUUAAGGUGUACAUCUCGCCAGACGCUGGUGAUGCUCAUAAACUAGAAGUGCAACAGUUCCCGCAAGGAAACAUCCAAGCCGAUGCACCCUACCAAUUUAUGGUGCGCAAAAAUGGCGCCAAGGGUACACUCGACGCCAAAAUCGUUGCACCAUCCGGCACCGACGAUGAUUGCUUCAUCCAAAGCAUCGACAGCGAAAUGUAUUCGGUACGCUUCUAUCCACGGGAGAAUGGCAUUCAUGCCAUUCAUGUAAAAUUCAACGGCGUACAUAUACCCGAAUCACCAUUCAGAAUUAAGGUCGGCAAAGAUGUAGCCGAUCCAGCUGCUGUGCAUGCCACCGGCUCCGGUUUGGAUGAAGUGAAGACUGGUCACAAAGCCGACUUCAUAAUUAACACCUGCAACGCAGGUGUCGGCACGCUCGCUGUCUCUAUUGACGGCCCCUCCAAAGUGGCCAUGGAUUGCACGGAAGUAGAGGAGGGAUACAAAGUACGCUACACACCCUUGCUGCCGGGCGACCACUACAUUUCGGUCAAAUACAAUAACAUGCACAUUGUCGGUUCACCAUUCAAAGUGAACUGCGUCGGUGACAAACUGGCAGAUGAGGGCGCCCAGGAAACAUCUACAGUGAUCGUUGAGACAGUGCAGAAGCUGGCCAAGGGUGGCAAAAAUACUGGCGUGCAUAUGCCCACAUUCAAGUCAGACGCCUCCAAAAUCACAUCCAAGGGCAUGGGCUUGAAGAAAGCGUACAUGGGCAAGCAAAAUAACUUUACCGUGAACGCCACAGAGGCCGGCAACAAUAUGCUCUUCGUGGGCAUGUACGGGCCUAAAGGUCCAUGCGAGGAGUUCAACGUAAAACAUACCGGCCGCAAUAAUUUCAACGUGAACUAUAUGGUGCGCGAUCGUGGACAAUAUAUAUUAAUAGUCAAAUGGGGUGAAGAACAUAUUCCCGGCUCCCCAUUCCAAAUCGAUGUCUAGGCUAGAAGCAACGUAAAGAAAGUGCCUUAUGAACGGUGCAAUUGUUUGUUUGUAAUAGAGACGAGAUGCAGACGCACAAGAAAAAAGAAAAACAAAAUACCUUGCAGUGCUAGCGCGAAUAUAGUAGUAAAGUAUAAACGGAUAUUCAUAUACACACAUACAUACAUGCAUAUAGUGAAACUCAUUAUCAGCCGCUGAUAAACCGGAAUGGGUUAGUUAAAGGAAGUUUGUAUCGCAAAAUCAAAUUUCAAAAAGUAUUUCAAUAUUUUUUGUACUUUCAUCGCGUUUUUUAUCGCAGUUAUUAUAUUUUUUUUAACGCAUACAUAUGUAUUUGUUAAGUUAAUCGAAUAUGUGGAAACUGAAUGUAAAUAAAAUUUGGACAAAUCAAAAUUUAUAUGAAUUAUCCUAUACAAAAAUUGCCAUUUUUGGAUAGAAAAAAAAAUCAAUUGUUGUACCCAAAAAUGUUUGCUGUCAUCAAUUGUGCCCUUGCUGCUUUGUGAAUUUUAAAGUAAUCAUUACACAUUUUACGUAUGUCCAAUUUAAAUGCUUAUUUAUAAUGAGAAUAAUUGUUUUUAAGAUAUUGAUUUACAUAAAUGUUCGAGCUGAAGAAAUACUUUUUAUUAUCCAUUUAAUAAUAUUAUAUUAUUAUGUACAUGUUGUUUUUUUAUUUUAUUUUCAACAAACGGUUAAAAUUAAUGGAAAAUUAAACUUGCAAAUUAUAAUAAAAACUAAACAUUUGA